GCCUGCUGACCUGAUCUGAGCCCGCGGGACCGAAACCUUGAGAGAGGCGAGAGGCGCAAACGUCACCUCAUUUGCACCCAUUCAGUCACCCACCUUUAACUUCUGCGCAAGAACAUCUUCUUGCAACAGCGUCGACUUCAGACUACUAUCACAAGCAUCAACACCGUAGAGACCUUCGAGUCUCUAUCCAAUCACCACUACACCUUACACACAUUACAACCCGAGCAUCACACCCGCCGAAAUGUGUUCCGCAGACAUCUUCCUCGGCCUCCUGGCCCUCCUCUUCCCGCCCCUCCCAGUCUGGGUAAAGCGCGGCAUCUGCGGCGCAGACUCAAUAAUCAACAUCCUCCUCUGCCUCCUAGGCUACAUCCCAGGCCUCAUCCACGCCUGGUACAUCAUCGCCAAAUUCCCCGAGCCAGACUACGAAUACGAGUCCGUCCCGCAACAGGACCGCGAGGGCGGCCGCGUCACCUACGUCUUUGUCCACGGCAACGGCAACGGCAACGGCAACGGUCCUCACACUCAGCAGCCGCGCCAGCAGCCCCGCCCCUCGCAGCACGGCGGCAAGGGUAACGGCGCCGUCGGUUACGGUACCACCAACAACAGCAGCAACAAUAACAACAAUGCUGGCGGUUCGUCGAGACAGCAACAGCAGCAGCCUCAGCAGUACUCCGCGCAGCAGCAAGGUGGCGCUGGCGAGGGAAGCAGCGAUGGUGCUGUGCCGCCUAGCUAUGCUGAGGUCGUGGCUGGCGACAACAAGAUUCAGACCCGGGAUUAAAGCAGGAUGGAGAUAUUCUAGAGUGGCGUUGUAAGGUCUAUGACUUUACCGCUGCUGUUUCUAUUCUCCAUUUUUCCACGAGGAUUUUCUUCUGGCUUCAUUCUGGCUUCACUGGCUUUCUUCGCUUCGGCUUGCCCGGCUUGUUCUUCUAUUGGUGGCUCUUGUAAAUUGGUCCAGGUUUUAUGAACGCGGGGAAUGUUUGGCCCCCGUCGUUAUGUGGAGUUGAAGGGGUUUGACGAAGUAAUAACGUUUUGCACGAGUUUACGCGAGACACUGGUGGGAUUUCUCACUGUAUUAUUCACAUACGUUAGAUGCGAGAUCCUCAAAAUUCAUCUCUCUAAAGGGGUAUCUUGGUCCAAUCUUUCCGAAACGCCCAUGCAUCCGUGACGUAGCUACUUGGGAGGAAGUCUAAUACAAUGCCCCGUUUCCAG